GGAUUUGAAUUCGGUAUGGAUCUCUCAUCACUCACGGGAAGCUCAGGCGGCGCCAAGAUGUCGGCGCAAGAGCGCAAAGAGACGAUCAAAGCUCAGGUCACCAACGAACUUGCCAUGGCCAAUGCUCAGCAGCUCAUUGAAAAGUGCUACGCCAAAUGCGUCCCAAGCCCAGGAGGCUCGCUGAGUUCCAAAGAACAACAGUGCCUCUCACGGUGUCUUGAACGCUACUUUGAGGCGUUUAACCUUGUCUCAUCGACAUACGUUCGACGGGUCGCAAGCGAAAGAGAGAGUGUUCCUGCCACCUCCGCCUGAGCCGUCAAUCUAAUCUUUUGCUUGCUCAAGCUUUGUCUCAUCAUCGAAAUGAUUUAUCAUGCAUGCAUCUUGUGCAGAUACAUCACUGCUCCCGAGACUUCACGCCUCGCCGUUCACACGCCCGCUACUAGGCCGCAACGACCCUAAGAUACUUGUAGCAUAUCAAUCCAAUCACCACGCCUCUCUGCUCCUGUCACAGGCGUCAUAUCAGGCCCACGGAAGCGUUGCGGAUUUGCUCUGCUUGCAAAGUCUUCUGACUGGGACGACGCUUCACUCUAAGAAUACAGAAGGAAGAGAAGAACCUCUCUCAACGAGUCUAUUAGAGUACAGAUCUGAGCAAUUUAUGGGAGA